UGAAGCAUUUCCGGUUUUUCCGACAUAAACAGAUUGACUGAUCUCCGCAGAAACGAAACCUAACGACUGCAGUUUGAUAUCAGCAAAGUGUGUGUGCGUGUGUGCGUGCGUGUGUUUGUGCGUGUGCGUGUGCGUGUGUGUGUGUGUUUUCAGUGAAAAGUGUGAGUGGUUAGUGGAAAAUCUUCACUUUUGUGCUCCAAGAAAGACAUGUCGGUGGUCUGUACUGCCUGCUCUGCUGCAUAAUAAAGUCCCCGCUCACUUCCUCCCACUAAAAUCAGUUUGUUCACUCAGCCUGCUGAUCUGACCUCCUGCUCCUGCAGCUCGUGAACUAAACCUGGAGAAUAUUUGUACUAAAUGAUGGCAGGUGUCACAUGGAUCCUCACUGUGCUUUGUGUCGCAGGAUGUUACCUAUCUUCAGCCUCACCUGUUCUCCGCUCUGCCCGGGUCGGGCAGAACGUCUCUCUGACCUGUAACCUGACGUCCAGCAGCGAGAUCACCUGGUACCGUCUGCGCUCAGAGCAGCUGCUGCCUCUGCUGACGGUUAAAUCGAGUAAAGUGGGAGAAGAUACGGUCGACUUUCACACUGCAAACAACAGUCGCGUCAACAAUAAUGGAGAUCUGGAGAGAGGCCUGGUCGGCCUGGAGAUCCUGGAGGUGGAGGAGGAGGACGGCGGGCUGUAUUUCUGCACCGGGCGGUGUGCAGGAGCUGUUUGUGUUAACAGAGGAAUUCAUGUGGCUGUUGAUGGAGUUGACCGGGAGUCAGCCAGGCAGCCAUGUUGGUGUCUGGGCAUCUGUGUCCUUCCAGCUUUACUCGCCCUCUGUUUGGUCUUCAUCGUUGGAUUCUACCUGUGCUCAGGUAAACCAGCUGUUUGCUGCUGUAAUUCCCUGAGAAGCAACACAAGUCGGAGGGUCACAGAGGACGCGUCUUUGCACUAUUCCAGCCUAAAGCAUGCGGACAAGCCCCGCCCCUCUGGCCGAGGAGGGACAGGAUUGGUCAAGGAGGAAGUCACGUACUCGUCAGUGACCAGUUGCAAGAACCAAGACGGAUCACAUGGCCACAGAUAGCUCCUUGCUGUUUUAGUAUUCAUGUUUUUAACAGCAGAAAGAGAGAGGGGGGAGGACACGCAGCAAAGGGCCCCGGGCCAGCCUUGAUACGUGGUACGCGCUCUACCAGGUGAGCUACCAGGGCGCCCCUAAAAUAUGAUUUUUAAAGCUAUUUCACUGAUCUUUUUUCAUAUUCUUUUGCUUCUUUACAAUCAUUUACGUACACAAGUGCACCACAGAAGAAUGUUAAAAUACUUGCACAUAAUGACAGAAAGUUUAUUUGUAGCUACGCACCCUGUAUGGAGUAAUAAGCAUCCACUGUUUUUAAGCUCUUCUUGUACUUCGUUGUUGUUCAUUUGUAUCUGUUAACAAUUUGUUUUCAUUUUUAAUAAAUCCAUUCUGAUGUAA